UGCGCCUGUGCAAUGGGCAUUAUUUACGCAGUUCGUACUUGAGAGACAUGUAGAUUGGAUGGAAAUUUCCAUCUCUUAUAGUUAUCGACCAUACAAGGUCCCACUCCCAUACUUAUACGCUACAGUUUUGAAUAUUUGGAUCCCGUUAAACUCUGUAACCGCCUAUGUCGUAGUUACAGCUUAAACUGCGCUGUCAAUAAUAUUACGCUCGUUUAGGCUUUGUUUUUCUUUCGAGCGCCCCCCCUUGUGUCGGUGGCUAUUUUUGGAGUCUCCUAGCUCGUUAGCUAGCUGUAAACUUAGCAAGCUUUUUUUUUUUUUUACUGUGUUGUGAUGGAGUUCCACGGUGGCGGGUCUGGCGGUGUUAUAGUCAGCGGCAGUAACGUACCAGCUUUUCUCACCAAACUGUGGACUUUAGUUGAAGAUCCGGACGCCGAUCCACUCAUUUGCUGGAGCCCUAAUGGAAAUAGUUUCCACGUGUUCGAUCAGGGCCGCUUCUCCAAAGAGGUUCUGCCGAAGUUCUUCAAACACAACAACAUGGCUAGCUUCGUCCGCCAGCUCAACAUGUACGGCUUCCGGAAGGUGGUGCACAUCGAGCACGGCGGCCUGCUGAAGCCGGAGAGGGACGACACAGAGUUCCAGCACCCAGACUUCCUCCGGGGACAGGAGCACCUGCUGGAGAACAUCAAACGCAAAGUCACAAACGUGUCCAGUCUGAAGCAGGAGGACCUGAAGAUCAGCACGGACGACGUGUCCAAGAUCCUGACUGACGUGCAGCACAUGAGGGGCAAGCAGGAAAACAUCGACUCCAAGAUCAUUGCCAUGAAACAUGAGAACGAAGCCCUGUGGAGGGAAGUGGCCAGUCUAAGGCAGAAACACACCCACCAGCAGAAAGUCGUUAACAAGCUGAUCCAGUUCCUGGUGACCUUGGUUCAGUCCAACAGAGUGCUGGGGAUGAAGAGGAAAAUACCGCUGAUGCUGAACGACAGCAGCUCCGCCCAUUCCUUACCCAAGUUCAGCCGGCAGUACUCUCUGGAGCCCCUGGAAGCCUCCCCAGUCAUCUCUGCGCCUGGCAGUGCUUUCAGCGCUGUGAACCUGUUCCAGACAGAAGCUCCUCUAAAGUCCGGCCCCAUCAUCUCUGACAUCACUGACCAGGCCACGCCCAGCCCUGUGGAGGACAACAGCGAUUGGCUGGAGGACAGUUCCAGCAGCCCGCGGGUGCUAGUCAAGGAGGAGCCGUCCAGCCCCGGAGGGGAGGAGCCAUGUUCUGCCCAGGAGGGGCUUUCAGCAGACACGCCCCUUUCUCCCACAACCCUCAUCAACUCCAUCCUGCAGGAGAGCGAGCCCGGCCCCGCCCCUGCCCCUGACCCCACCCACACAGAUCAGCCGUGUCUCAGUGUCGCCUGUAUUGACAAUUCUGCCCAGGUGUCAGAUGUUUCCCUCCUCAUCCCCAGUCCCUCCUCAACCUCGUCUCCACAGCUCAGGCAUCAUCUGGGGUUAGCAUGUCGGCUGGCCCGCCACACCGUAUCAAACACACCCUAUAGACACACCUUAGACACCGACAGCGACAGCCCCACUAUUACCGUAAACCCUGAAGCCCCGACACUGUCAUCAACCAACAGUUCGGAUGUUCACCUGGUUGUAGUUUCACUCUUUUUGGAAUACUGUUCAGUGUUUGUAUUGGGGCAGUGGUUUAUGCCAACCACAGCAAACGCGCUUCGUAAACAAGGGCAGAUGUGUGUUGGUUCUACUCUUCAACCUCCAUACCCCCCAGGUAUGACCCCCAUCCCCCCAGGUCUAACUUCCCCCCCAGGUGUAAUCCCGGUCUCACUGUCUUGCAGGCUCGAGCUAAACGAUCACCUGGACAGCAUCGACAACGGCUUGGAGAACCUACAGACCAUCCUCAAUGCCCAGAACAUCAACUUCGAUUCCUCCCCUCUAUUUGAAUUUUUCAGCUCACCCAUGCCCAACAGUGACUUUGACCUGGACACAAGCCUGGACAGUAUUCGGGACCUGCUGUCACCUGAGCCUUCCAGGGUGGGGGAGCCUGGCGAGGACUCAGGAAAGCAGCUGGUGCAGUACACAGCCUCGCCGCUUGUGCUGCCGGAGCCAGGCGACCCCGAGCCCGAGAGCAGCGUGGGGGACCUGCCCUCCCUGCUGCAGCUGGAGGGAGACUCCUACUACAUCCCUGACGACCCCACCUUCUCCCUGCUCUCUUCCGACUUCCAGACGCCCUCGCCCCCCCAGCCUGGACUCUCCUAGACGCUCCUCUGCAUCCGGUCGCCCAGAGACUCUCGCUGCGCUGAUUUUAAAUGGGGAUGUCUCUGUUUUAUACAGCCAUGUCCAACCGGGGAAAUGUCCUCAAGUUCCUGAGCAGAAUUGCAGUCAGCUGGUUGAAAUCCCUACAGUCUCUAUCCACAAUGCCCCGGGCUUGAUGCAGUCUUUACCCACAAUGCCACUGGCCUGAUGCAGUCUUUACCCACAAUGCCACUGGCCUGAUGCAGUCUUUACCCACAAUACCCCAGGCCGUGUCCAGUUCGAAGCGUGGUUCACAGAGCACCAAGGCAGGAUAGACAACAGAUUUAGACUCCAGAAUUUACCAGAUUUUGUUUCCCCCUCAUUGAUCCUUGUGAUUUUGUUUCUCUUUAUGUCAAAUUCCUCUCCUCGUGUCCGUCCUGCUUG